UCUAUUUAACAACACACGCUGUUUUAAUCUAUACGGACCUUCUAUAAGUGCACUUUGUAGGGUAUAUAAUAAUAAUAAUAAUAAUAAUAAUAAUAAUAAUAAUAAUAAUAACAACAACCUUUAUCUUGAGGACUGUUUGGUAUUGAGUCCUUAGUUACAUUCACUAAACUACAGUAUUGUCUCAACUUGUUUAUUAUAUUUAUUCAAAGUGAGUCAAUAAGAGUCAGAGAGGAAAUCUCUUGAUAAUAACAUCAUGUCAUGUGAUGAAGAAGAAGAAUGGUUUAUGCAGUCAUUAACCCUCUACACAGACCUGCAUGUAUUUCAGCUCGAGCAUCCAACAAAAACAAUUGAGUGGACUGGCGAAAAAAGUGUAUGUGUUGCAGGCUACUCGUCUGAGAAGAAUGAAAUUUUAGAGCUGCUGUUGCCUUUGAAAUUAUAUGCAAAGAGGAACCAGGGUCUAUGUCCGGAGCGGGACUUUAAAGUGCAGCAUGGUGGAUUCAGCGAUGAGCCGAUUGAGUGUCUCAGACAUAUCUUUGGUAAACGAUGUGUUGUGACCAGCGGACAAUGUACUUCCAAACUCCAGGUUUGGGACAUUGGAGAUGAUGAUAAUGAUGUGAUGAAGAGGACAGGAGUUAUAAAUUGCAGUCACACAUCAGCCACGGGCAGAAAACUUGCUUCUGGUUUCACCGAGGAUGCUUCUGUUCUUCAUGGCUCUACAAUCCACGAUGUUCAACACACUGAUGUAGCCUCAGGGAAAAUGCUUUAUGCAGUAGAAACGGACUCCUUGGAUGUAGUGAGCGGUCUACAGUUUGUGAAUACAAGUACAUUUAGUAUUUGUGCAACUAAUGGCACUUUGUACAUGGGAGACUUAAGAGAUCAAAAGGUCAGUUGUUAUGCUCUCUCAGAGAAUACGACUGGCUCACAGUGGGCUUUUGGAUUGAGGACAGCUGAGCCACAGUGUGACCCUGCAUCAUGCACUGUAGCAAGACUUUCCUCCUCUGGUCAGGUAAUCAUAUCUGAUCUCCGAAACCCAAGCACUGUAGUCGGACAAGCCCAGCUUAAUCUGCAGCAAAAUCAUCUCAGUAAUGAGUUUUUGACAGUUACAUGGGCUCCUGCUCUAGAUAACCAUCUCGCUGUAUCAGGAUUUGAUGGAACAGUGCAAAUCUUUGACACACGAAGCUGGAGCAUUGAAUCACAGACGCAUCAGCCCAUAUUUGUGCACCGUGGUCACAACUUUUCAUGUGAAGAAAAUGCUGAUACCUCUCUUCUGACUACUCAUGUGUGGCAUCCACGGCGACCAAGAACCUUGCUCUCUGCAGCUUCAGAUGGAUCUAUACAUGUUUGGGACUGGGUGGAUAAUGAGAGUUUAAUAAAAUGACAAAAGAGAAUUUGAUCCCUUUUAUUAUUUAAAGAAAAGAGAUUUUUCAAGUUA